AUGAAUCAUUAUCAGAUGUUUUCGAUGCCUGAAGAUUUGGAUCCUUAUGCUCCUUGUCAGAAGAAGUCUAAUUUGAGGCCGGACGGGGUUCUCUAUGGUCCUUUGACAAAAAGGUUGCAACUGAACGCUCGAAAAAGCGACUCUGUACAAAAAGAUGGUGAAAAUUUUUUCGCAGAAGGCUUGUUCACACCUGUAGGCAACAAUACAGUAGUGUUUGACCAGAAAGUACGAGCUUUUGACGAUGUUGAUCACUUCCAGUCUUCGUUCAAUCAGCAAGGCAUGUUAACUGAACAGUGUUUUUCUGAGUUGAUUAAAUCUGGUUUCAAUCUUCCUCCACUAACAAGUAUCGACAAUUCUUCGUUUCUGAACGACCCAUUACAUGCUUUAGAUUGCACCAAUUUUGAAAAUAACAAUACUGCUAAGUUCUAUUCUGAUUCAGGUUUUUAUGGUUGUGGAAAGGAUAUCACAACGGAUAAUGCCAAUACACUGGCUACUAUCGGUGAAGAGUACAAAGACAGUGAUUAUGGCAUUAGUGUUCUGAGAGGUGGAGCCAAGUCGUACGAAGAUUUUAAAUCUAAUGAUUUUCGCAGAAAGAUUGAAAGGAAUUUUUCAAGUCCUGUGUUGUCGAGUCAAAGUCCUGUAACAGACUGUGGACGACUUUCUGCUGGGUCAAAUCCAACAGUGUCGAAAACGAACCAUCCAAUACUAGAUUGUAUUAAUUGUCAACCAGAUGCGGAGGACCUUGAAGUCAGAGGAGAUUGUGUGGUUCUUAAGGCAUUAAGUCUCGACAGAGUCACAGUACUGGUAAUCGCAUUCAGGGUUGCAAUGAUUAAUGAAUCAUUCGAAGAGCAACAAAAGCAGUCAAAGAUUUUUGAGAAUGCAGCGAUGAAAAAUUUUUUUUCUUCGCAGGCAAACAAGUCUAGUGAAAAUAGUGGCUUGUGUGGAGACUUGGACAGUUCAGUGAGAUCCACGACUUCGGAGGAGAAAGCACCGCACGAACGGAUGCCAUAUACCGCUGCUAUCACCAAGAAUAAAAAGCGCGUCGCAUACAAGGAGGAUGACUCUGUUAUCCCUAAGCAUUGCCUUCCAACAAUGGAAUCGAGGAACGGUAUGGGCAAGAAAAAUGAAGUGGUUCAGAGCGCUGCUUUGUCUGACGUUUCUAAGUCUGAAAUUUCUAAUCUGAACUCAUGUGCAUACAACUCCAUUUAUCAUCCGACAUUUUUGGAUAAUAGCGAUUGUUCGCGCCGCAUGUAUGGUGGUGACGACGAACAGAAAUUGACUGACUUUGAUGUCGAGGAAAUGAUUCUCAAUGAUGGAGCUCUCUUUAGGGCUGCGCAGAGUGUUUCUUCUGGUCGAUAUAAUCUUGGUGAUUCUCUUAAUGAGCUUCCUUUAACCGAGUCUAGACGAGACUUUGUCAAAGCUAGGAAAGAGAGGUUCGCAUCAGACGCUAUCCCGAUUGAUGAUACUAAGCAGGCAAGUUUGUUAUGUGUUAGUUCGUUUGCAAAAAUCGUAAUGGGUUGUAAGCCACAGCCUCUAAUGGGGUCGACAGAAGAGAAGCUUGAUGCAACAGCUGCGAUAGCACUGAACGUAGUUGAGAGUUUGUUUGUUGGAAGCAAUUCGGUUGACCAUUCGUCACCCCUCCUUUACUCAACAAUAAUGGAGGAAAAAGCGAAAGGCGACAACACUUCGAAGCAGUUAAAUAGCGAGGUUAGCCAGGACGACGAAUCGUUAGCACCUGCGGUCCGAAAUGUAUUUGAUGUUUACCGUUUGUCAAUCCGACAGAGUGAAACGAUGUCAAAUCAACCCGAUUGUAUAUCACCGGAUGUUGAUCCUGAAUUAUUAAAGGCAAUCAACGAAUCUGCAGCAAGUGGUCGAACAUCUCCUACCAAAAAAUUAGAUGAUGCUGCUGCUUUGCCUUCUUGCGAUUCGGCCGUCGAUUCUUGGGAAGAACUAGAUAGUGAUGACUCUAAACUUGUAGACGAGUUACAAUCUGCUAUGGGGAAAGUUCGGAUUCGGAAACCGAAAAUUGACUACUUCGUUCCACCCAAAACAUUGUGUACUGAGUGGAAUGAAAAGAAACUUCCAAAUGUUCUGGAGGCUUUCGGCUUGCCUCCCCGUAUAACUUACGGUGACAUCAAGCAUGAACUUGCGAAAUUCGACUGUGCUGACGUUACUUUUCAAAGUGUUGAUGAUUCGCAUUGCUUAAUUGCAUUUUCGUCCUCGAGUGCAGCAUUAAAAGCACUUAUCGCUGCCCGUCAGCGUAGCGCAUGUCCUUGGCUUAGACUUCGGUCGAUGUGCGAUGCAUCUGCUGCAGCGCAAGAAAAGGCGCGGUCAUGUUCAGCUGCUUUGAAACCGUAUAAACCUCGACCACAAACUACAAUGGUUGUUGCUCGUCGUUUGGUUGAGAAUGCUCUUGGCAAGCGGGCCAAGGUUCCUGCUGAGCAAAGGCGAGCUGAGAGGAAGCAGCUGAUUGACGCUAAAGGUCUUUUUUUGUGA